AUGACGUUAUCUUCCAGGACUUCCUCCAUGCGGCUCGCAUCAACGAUACCCGGCCCACUAGCGGCCUCAGCGUCAGCUGCCCAGAAUCAGGCUAGCAAGCAAGAUGCAGGAAGUGACCUAGACACGGGCAUGCUCAGACUGAGGGCCAUCAAGCUGUACAAAGAGCUUCAUCGUCUAGGCAGAGACUAUCCUGAUCCAGAGUAUCACUUCAACCGGCGUCUUCGUCGAGCUUUUGAGAGCAAGUCUACCCUUGGGGCAUCAUACAAUAGCUGA